UGGAUUUUGGUGUUAUCUUUAGAGGACACUGUGUUAACAGAUAAGUAACUUGGUAGCCACUAGUGGCCGUUGAAAAUGAGGGCAGUACCUGUGUUGGUGUUGCCGCUUUCUCUUCCUUGUCGACCUCUUACUCCUACUUUAGCCCAUAAUAACAUUAAUAUCUCCGAUCCCAUUUUGCAUCGCCGUUUGUUUUCUUCCUCAACAAGAUUCCCCAACAAAACCAUAGUCUUUGGUGUGAAUCCCAGCGACUCCAAAGACCCUUUGUUCUUCGACGAAAAUGGUGUGGUCAAUGAUAUGGAGGGUUACCUCAACCACCUCUCCCUCGAGUACGACUCUGUCUGGGACACUAAACCUUCUUGGUGUCAACCCUGGACAAUAACACUGACGGGGGUAUCAAUUAUUGCCCUUAGCUGGUUAAUUUUGCACUCAGUCAUAGUCACUUCACUCAUAUCCUUACUAAUUUGUGCAUGGUGGUACAUCUUCCUGUAUUCUUAUCCGAAGGUUCGCCAUCAUCUACUAUUUGUGUUACAUAAUUUACUUUAUUUUACUAAAGCAUAUUCUGCUUUAGAGUACAUAAAUAAUGCAUAAUAAGAGAUCUAUGCGCUGCGUGGCUAAGAAAUACGGUCUUAGUGUAAUAGUUUGGAAUAGGGAUAUCAGUUAGUGUGUUUCUGAAUGUGUGAGCUUAUAAACAUCCAAUAGGUUUUUGAGAUUAUCCUCAUACCGUUUAUUGGGAAUAAACUCUCAAAUAAUCCAUGAAAUUUAUCGGUGAGACAUUUUAUUCCUUGAGAUUUUAAAAACUUAUUGCUAGUCUUGACUUUAUUGAACAUCAUUUACUUUAGUUUUAUUUUGUGCAAAAUAAGAGUGAAAAACAAAGUAAAAAAGAACCAAAAUGAAUUACUAUUUUGCAUAGUCAAGUAUCAAUCAAGAGUUUUUAAAACCGCAGAUACUGAAGUGUUCGACUCAUACAAUUUCAAGAACUAUUUUGGGAAUUCAGUUCUCUUUUGAUGAUGGAAGAUGUGUAUUUAAAAUUUCAUACAUACCAGCCAGAUUUUAGUGACAGGUGUCAAGCAUCAAUUUUGGUUUAGAGAUUUAUUCAGGUCUUCUUACCUUUGAAAUGCAGUAAUACGCGUGUGUGUGUAUUUGAGAAAGUUAAUUGGAAGGGCUCUGGGAGUGGGUUGUACUGUACCUACAUUCAAUUAAAACACAGCAGAAAAUAGGAAAAUAAGCAAAUUAAUUGUUCUUGAAGGUAAAUAUACAAUAUUUCUUGUUUAUUGGCAGGCAUAUUCAGAGAUGAUUGCUGAGCGCAGAGAAAGAGUUACAAACGGCGUUGAAGACACAUUUGGUCGUAAGAAGCAGUGAUUUGUAUUAUUCUUAUUCCUCAGUUGUGCCCCAUCUUUUACCUCCUAUUGUCUCACUUUCUGCCUCUGCGUGUAUUUUAAUAUUCAAUUACAGAAUAGUAACUCUCAAGGCCUUCAUCCGUGUUACUGUCAAUUUGCUUGGGGGUGACAUACAAGUCUUGAAAACUAACUUUAUAAAUAUUUGACCUUAUCUUCACACACUGGGCGAUUGGUUGGAUUAACUUAUGCUUUGAUUUGAUUGGAUUAACUUUGAGAAUUUUUCCUUGGAUGUGUGAAAAUAAUUUUCUAUAAGAACUAUGAAGCACCUAUCUAUCACGUAAGCAUACUUGAGAAAGAGGUUAAAAGUGGAUUUUCACCGAAUAAAGUUUCUGUUUUUUUCGGAAAUGUUCUCCACGGAAUAAAAAGUUAAUAAAGUUUCAGCAUUCUUGUGUGUGUGAGAGAGAGAAUUUUAGCUUCAAACUUUCUCGUGUGGAAAACAGAAUUUUGUUGUUACUUAGUCCUUGAUGAUUUUUAAUUUGAGUUUUUUAAUUUGAUUUGUUAAUGUUUGCUGUAAUGUCCCUGUGUAAGAAGUCUGAUAGCCUUAAUAUUUAUCAAUUAGUCCCGCACAAAGAGUUAAACAUGUAACCAAACUAUUAGCCACAUAGUAAUACAUUUGUAAACCGUUUUUAGAAAAGGCCUUUAUCACACAUAUUAUGGAAUAAAAAUUACAAAUUUCUAUGAUAAGGAACAUGCCUCGAUGGUCUUCAACCAAUGCUACCGGCACAUGUUCUCUUGCUUGCGCGGAUCAAAGUGGAUUAGACAAAACAACCCAAAGUGAAUCUUGGGAGGUGGGUGAAGUCUACAGGAGAAUGUUUCAAUUUAAGGAUGAAAGAGGCGUUGCACAAUAGGCUGGUUUUGUGCUGGCAAUACUCCUUCAAUGCUGGAGCAUAAGCCCAUAAAAUGUAUGGGAUGGUUUUGCAAAAGACUAUAAAUACCCAUAUUCUUUAAAAUGCAGAGUCCACCAUCAUGACCGUUCAAUAUCAUGCCAUCAAUGAAGUGGACAAAAAAAUUUCGGAGCACUUUCAUACUGCAGUACUAGGGGAAAUACUGGAAAAUUAGUAUUACAUCCAAAGAUGAAACUUAGGAAAACCAUUAAAAAAUUUAUGUUAUCCCUUUUUAAUAAAUCAAUUGGC